UCUCUCUUUCUCUCUCUAACUGUACGUUUAUAUCUAUAUAUCGUAUUAUAUCUAUAUAUAUCGUAUCGAUACUAUAUAUAUACAUAUACACACCGAGGUAUACGGUCUAUAUGUAUCUUCUUGUUCUUGUUCUGCAGUACUGAAACUAUGUCGAUUGCGCUGGAGGGGAACAGUACCGGUGAUCACGGGAUCGAACGGCCGGGAUUUGUGCACGGAAUGACGUGUAUGCCGAUCUACAAGGCGACGGAGUUCUCGGUAGGGCGGGGUACGGUGGAGGAGGAGGAUGAGGAGAGGAGUUCGUCGUCGACUUCGUCUAUUGGGAGGAAUAGCGAUGAUUCGCCGGGAGGAAGGUCGUCUUCGGGAGGCGGCGAUGCGGACGGAGACGGCGAGGAAGUGCACAGCUCGUUCAAGGGUGGGGCUCUGGACAAUUUGGAGGCUCUGGAGGAGGUUUUGCCGAUUAAGAGAGGCAUAUCAAAUUUCUAUGCUGGUAAAUCUAAAUCUUUUACAAGUCUAUCGCACGCAGCUUCUUGUUCCUCCCUCAAUGACAUUGUCAAGCCAGAGAAUGCAUACACAAGGAAACGCAAAAACUUGCUUGCUUAUAAUAAUUUAUUUAAUAAGAAUCGUAACCAGAUGCGUCAAAGCAAUAUUGGUGGGCUCUACAAGAGACCUACUAAUGCCAGGAGUUCACUGGGUCUUGCUGCAACUCAAGAAGGGAAUUUCAACUCAAAUCCAUCGCCACCUUGUUCCUUUCUUCCUCCUCUCCCUCCCCAAACUCAGAAUUCUCCUGAACAGAAGUUCCUUGGAUGGCGUUCUUUCUCCUUGUUUGAUCUGCAAGGUGCUGCAGCUGGAACUCCCAACACCACUGGCGCAAAGGAAUAGAGAAUAUAAGUUGACGGUAGUUUAGUUUUCUGUGUCACCCUAUGAACCUAAGUUCCAUAGAUGUUCAUGGAGGUGGGAAUAUUUUCCUAUCUGUUUUAGGCUUUUAUCGUGGGCUGUUGCUCUCUGUAUUCACUGCUCAAGGCAUACCUCCUGGGCAUCCUUAGUAUGUAAUUUCAUCAUCGACACAAACUGCUUAACCUGUUUUUUGCUGUUGUCUGUUGUAUAUCUGAGUGCAUUAGCAAUACAAUUCUCCAUCUUCCUUGAA